CUCACUCAACCCCAACUAGUUUUGUCCCCCCUCCGAUCGCCAACAAGAAGAAAAAAGAAAAGGAAAAAAAGGCCAUAUAGACAAAAACCCUAAUUCUCCAUCCAUCCAUCCAUCCUUCAUCAUCACAUAAAAACAUCACACUCACAUACACACAAUUAUACAUACAAACUCACACACACAUAUAUAUUUCUAUUACCAACUAAAACUUUACAUUCAUAUGUUUUCCACUGCUGUUCUGCUUCUUCAUCAUCAUCCAUCCACUGUACGGCACUCCUCUGUUACACGUCACCAUCAUGUUCUUCACUUGCUCAGCUUCUUUUUGAGCUCAUAAGAUGACUGAUCGCAACGUGUUUGUGUUUGGAUCAUUUACGGAGGACGAGGUCAAAUCUCUGCAGAGUUGCCCAAAAGAAAAUGAUGUACAGUUUAUGUUUGGUUCUUUGGAUGCUGCAACUCUGAGAUCUGUGAGUAUCGUCAACAACAGACCAAGUGAGAAAGAAACCGCCAACAAGCACCAACCAUCAAAUCUGAUUAAGAAAAAGAACAUUGGUGAAAUUGUUCGUACUACAGCAAAAGCGUCACAAAAUCUUGUCUCAGCUGUACAUAAAAAUGGAGAUAUCCAUGAUCCAAGUUCUCUUUCCUUUAGCAAUGGUAUAAAAGUACCUAAACAAAAGGAUGCAGAACUACCUGUGUCAUUUGUACCUGAAAGUGCUGGUGACACAGAAGCUGUGGCUUCACCAUCAUCAAAUCAAGAACAGGUAAUCGGGUCAUUUGAAGCUCUGGAAAUAAAUGAUACCAAAAAGAAUAUUUUGGCUCCAUCAAAUGGGCUGCAUACAACUGCAACUGAGUUACUUCCUCGAGGUUUGAUCAACUCAGGAAAUCUGUGCUUUUUGAAUGCAACUCUUCAGGCACUACUGGCUUGUUCACCUUUUGUAAAUCUCUUGCAGAAGCUAAGAAUGCACAACAUACCUAAGGUUGGGUACCCAACUUUACAUGCUUUUGUUGAGUUUAUAUCUAGCUUUGACAUGCCAUCUAAUCUGCACUCAAAGAAAAAAGAUAAUAUUCUAUUGGAAAGCAGGGAAGCUUUGCGACCUGUCAUGUUUGAACCUGUUUUAAACAAAUUUUCCCCAGAUAUGCCAAACAGCUUCUCAGGGAGACCAAGGCAAGAAGAUGCUCAAGAGUUUCUAAGUUUUGUUAUGCAUCAAAUGCAUGAUGAAUUGCUAAAAUUUGAAGGAGCAAAUUCCAAUGUUAAUGGGGGCAAAGUUUCACUGGUUUCAUCGGUGAGUGAUGAAGAUGGUGAUGGUUGGGAGACAGUUGGUCCGAAAAACAAAACUGCAAUUACUAGAACACAAAGUUUUGUUCCAUCUAAGCUAAGCGAGAUUUUUGGGGGCCAACUGAGCAGUGUUGUGAAGGCAAGAGGGAACAAACCCUCCAAUACUAUACAACCAUUUCUUCUGCUCCACCUUAAUAUAUGUCCAGAUCCUGUCCACACAAUAGAGGAUGCACUUCAUCUUUUUUCUGCACCAGAGACCCUUGAAGGAUAUCGUGCAUCAUCUGCUGGAAAGGCUGAGUUGGUAAGUGCGAGUAAAUCUGUGAAGAUACUAGAGCUUCCGGAGAUCAUAAUAUUGCACUUGAUGCGGUUCAGCUAUGGUAGCCAAGGGAGCACCAAGAUCUUGAAACCUGUCUACUUUCCACUUGAGCUGAUUCUUCAUCGUGAACUGCUUUUUCAGCCGACAACAGAGGGUCGUAAGUAUGAGCUUGUAGCAACAAUAACUCAUCACGGGAGGGAGCCUUCAAAGGGUCAUUACACUGCUGAUGUCUUGCAUCCUAGCGGCAAGUGGCUACGGUAUGACGAUGCUUCAGUUGUCGGUAUUUCCACCAACAAAGUGCUUCAUGACCAAGCUUACGUUCUCUUUUACAAGCAGCAGUAGGUCUACGAGUAUUUACAGGUUUUAUCGUCUCAUUUUUCGUUCUACAAGUGUACCAUGUCCUAUUUCACCUUAGAAAGUUAAUGGUAGUCUGUCGAUUUUUAUUUGAUAUGGUAACUUAAAAUACCCGGGGCUUCUUUUUGGGAAAAUCAUUGUGUAAGUGUCUCAUAGGAACAAUUUAUCUGGAAAGGCAAAGAGUUUAGUGGUGUUAUGUGAUCUCCAUUUGUAGGGGUUAUAACUGGAUGAAUAACAUUAUUGUGUUAUUUUAUUUUAUGCCAGAAAUAUUUCUUCAAUUUUAUAGCUAA